AAGGAAUGAAUUCAGACAAAAUAGCUCAGGCCUUAGAGGAUAUAAGGUCAAACCAUAUCAGCAUCAGGCAAGCGGCAAAUAAAUAUGGUUUAUGCCGGUCAACUUUGCAUGACCGAUUGAAAGGCAAAAGAUUAAUCGGUGAAAAUGCGACAAGGAUGGGACCAGCUCCUUAUUUAACAACUGAAGAGGAACAACAGAUUGCUCAAUGGUGUAUCGAUUUAUGUAAAUGUGGUUUUCCGCUAAAAAAUGAUGAUUUAUUGAAUACUGUUCAAAAAAUUAUAAAUGACACGAACAGAAAUACGCCAUUUAAAAAUAAUCGGCCAGGGAGAACAUGGAUGCAAGCUUUCAUUAAGCGGAAUCCAUCUUUAGCAAUGAGGGAAGCGGAAACAAUAAGUAAGGGUAGGGCAGUAGUGAUGCAGGAGACAAUUUUGAAAUGGUUUAAAGAACUUGAAGAAUACUUAAAAACUAUUGGACAGGAAAACAUAAUGAAUGAUGCUUCAAGGAUCUUAAAUAGUGACGAAACUAGCUUUUGCCUCUGCCCAAAAACUGGGAAAGUUAUAGCUCCAAAGGGCUAUAAAAAUAUUUACCAAAUUGCAGCCGGAAAUGAAAAGGAGACUUUAACGGUGCUUAUAGUUUUUUCAGCCGAUGGAAAACUGUUCGAACCGAUGGUUGUUUUUCCAUACCUGCGUCCACCAAAAGAAAUCGUCGACAGUAUGCCAAAAUCCUGGUUUUUGGGACGGAGUGAGAGUGGUUGGAUGAAAAGCGAAACAUUUUUUGAGUACGUCGCCAAUUGUGUGCACAAUCGAUUGCUUGCUGAUGGAGUUGAACGGCCAGUUAUUUUAUUUGUCGAUGGCCACAAAUCACACUUAACCCUGGAACUAAGCGAGUUUUGUAACCGAAACCAAAUAAUUUUAUAUGCGUUGCCCCCGAACACCACGCACAUCAUGCAGCCGGCGGACGUCAGUGUGUUUAAGCCUUUAAAAUCGGAUUGGAAAACAACGGUACGUGAAUGGCAGUCAACUAAUUUGGGACAGCCACUUACUAAAAAAAAACUUCUGUCCCCUUUUAAAUGAUGCGAUUGUUAAGAACAAGGAUAUGGUGGCAACUAUACAAAAUGGAUU